CUGAUUUGAUCUGAUUUAGUAACCUUACCAGUUACCACGCAAAAGAAAACUCAUGAGAAGCCAGAAAGGGGAAAAAAGAAGACAAAAGGAAAAUUCUGACAAAAAAUUGGUGGGAAUCGAAAACAACGACAUUUUUUGUUUGGAAGCUUUAAUUUAGGUUUCUUCCUAUGAUCCUAUGAAGCCCAUUUUAUAUUUGAUUUCAAAAGCAUAGUUCUCUUGAUUCCUCCAAAAACCCUAUAAUUUUGAUAUAUAAAAAUCGGAUCUUUUGUUUUGCUGACUAAUUUUCCCAUUAUUAAAGAUUGAAACCCAUUUGUAUAAAUUCCCAUUCGAUCUCAUCAAAACCAAGCUCUGUUACCGGAAAAAGCUUGUUGGAAGGUGUAAAGUUGGAGUUUCAUCAGUCUCUUAACUCUAUCAAUUUAGAACUUCAGAAUGGAUCAGCAAGGGUAUGGACAGCCCCCACCUGCAGGGGUAGUGGGUAGUACAGGUCAGAUGCCAUAUGGCACAAACCCUUAUCAGCCAAAUCAAACGUCUUCUGCCCAAAAUCCAGGAUCCAUUGGGACCAUCCAAUCUGCUGGGCAGCCAGCAGGAGCUCAGCUUGCGCAGAAUCAACUUGCUUAUCAGCAAAUCCACCAUCAACAGCAACAGCAACUACAGCAACAACUUCAGACUUUUUGGGUAAAUCAGUAUCAAAAAGUGGACAAAGUUGUUGACUUCAAGAAUCAUAGCCUUCCCUUAGCAAGGAUCAAGAAGAUCAUGAAGGCUGAUGAGGAUGUAAGGAUGAUAUCAGCUGAGGCUCCAGUUGUAUUUGCCAGGGCGUGUGAAAUGUUUAUUUUAGAACUGACCUUACGGUCUUGGAAUCAUACAGAGGAGAACAAAAGGAGGACAUUACAAAAGAAUGACAUUGCAGCAGCCAUCACUAGGACUGAUAUUUUUGAUUUCUUAGUUGACAUUGUGCCGAGGGAGGAUCUGAAAGAUGAAGUACUGGCAUCAAUAUCUAGGGGAGCAAUGCCUGUUGGAGGGCCUGCUGAUGCACUUCCUUAUGGUUAUAUGCCACCUCAGCAUGUAGCUCAAGUUGGAACUCCUGGGAUGAUCUAUGCCCAGCAGUCUCAUGCCUAUAUGGGGCAACAGAUAUGGCCACAGCAGGGAUCAGAAGAACGACAGCAAUCACCCUCAGAUCAUUAGUGACAGGAUAUGGAAGUUAAGGAUAUGGAAGUGCUGUUUUUAACUUAUCUAUCACUACAGCAUGAAAGUUGUGUCCGACAGCCCAAAACUAUUAAGAUCAUUUGAGAAUCUUGUAGAGAGCUUCUGUGAUGAAAUUAAUAGCAAUAGCACUUGUCUAUUUCUUUUCAGAUUUACGUAUCCUUCUUUAGAUCGUUGUGUGGCUGAAGGCUCUGAACAGUGACUAUAGUUUCUAGUGAAAAUUUCCAAUGGGGGAGUAAAUGAUAGAACUUGGUUGUUUUUCCUUUUCAUAUUUUCUGUAUGUUGUUUAAGCAUUUAUGUCAAUAUUGAUUUUGAUGCUUC